GAGAAAGGCCUGCAAGAUGGGGAAGGCCGAAGCCGCCGUUGCCUGCCAGGUGCCCAGUGAGCGUCUGCCUCUGCUCUCUCAGCCCGCUCCCAGCAGCGCCGCCUACCUGAGCCAGGAGGAGGUGGUGCAGCAGGCGAGGGCGGCCCCCUGGCAAGGGCUACGGACUGCCCUGCUAUGCCUCGUGGCAGCCCUCUUUGUCUGCAUGCUGGCCACGGCCCUGGCGCUCCUGCUCACGAUGCACCGGCCAGCCCCGCUUCUGAGCUGGUGGCAGAAAACAUCCUUCUACCGCCUGCCACCCGCCUCCUUCCCCGACUCCGACGGCGACGGGCAUGGAGACCUUGAAGGUGUGAGGCAUCUCUUGGACCAACUUGUGGAACUCCCCGCCCAAGCGCUUGUGCUGGGCGGUGUCCUCAAGGGAGACGGCGCCAAUUUGAGCAGUGUUCUCUCUACCCACGGCUCACUGGAACAACUGCAGCUGCUGGUGGCGGAUGGCCAUCACUCAGGGAUCCGAAUCCUCCUUGAACUCCCAACCUGGGCGGAAGAGCCAGACCUUGCGGCUGAGAGGAACGAGACAGGAUCGCAGCUGAAGGGGGCGCUGCAGUUCUGGCAGGCCCAAGGAGUGAGCGGCUUCCUGGUGGCCAAGGACCCCGCCUGGUGGCUAGAUGCAGUCCUGAAGGCCUGGAGUGAGCUGGAAAGACAGAGAGGGACGGAUCGGGGUGAGGAAAGAGUCCUGAUGGUCUGGGACCAGAGUGAAACCUGCAAUAUUUCCUGCCGGGUUCCAAGCAGGGUCAUCCUCACCUGCAACCUGCCAAGAAGCGAGAGGGAUCUGAAGGCCAGUGCCCUGACCCAGAGGGUGGAGGCGGCCCUGAAGUACCCUGGGGGGCCGUGGCCCGGCUGGACGGUGGCCGAGGGGUCCCCGCUGACUUCAGACUUGGAGGCGACACUCGGGGUUCUCCUGUUCAGCCUUCCCGGGACUCCUCUCUUGCAAGGUGGGGCGGGAUCCCCAGUUCCGCUGGGCAGCACCAUGAAGCCGGACACAAAUGGGCACCCUCUGACUGCCAUCUACCGAUCUCUUCUGCCACUCCGUGCAAAUUCCUUUGCGCUUCAGGGAGCCAGCUUUACCCCAUUGCCCUUCACCAAUCGCUCUGAGGACAUCUUUGCUUUUCUCCGCCCGGGCCCCUGCUCUGGCAUUGUGGUGGUCCUGAACUUUGACUCUCAGCCCUGCCAUCUCAACCUGAGCCAAACCAGCUUCCCAAGCCAUGCCAGGGUCCUCUUGAGCACCCGCCCGGAGCCCCAGAGCGAAGUCAAGAUGGAGGAAGUCCGGCUGGCCGCGCACCAAGCACUCCUUCUCAGGGUGCCCUCCAAGACAGGGCCCUGAU